GUCAUCGUCCCCAACCAAACAGUUCUCUCUCUCUAGAAUUUGUGUGGAUUCUUCAUGACUUCGAAGUAAAGAUAACGAAAAUGUCGACGAUAGAGAAGCUCUGUGUGCAGAUCUUCGAGAGGAAGUCGUGGAUAAUCGACCAGGUCAGGCAACAGACGCUUCUCUUUGACAAGCACCUCGCGUCCAAACUCCUUAUCGACGGAAUCGCCCCUCCACCUUGGUUCUGGACUUCAGAUUCCACUGAGUUGAAGGGUGAAGAUCUCAUUUCAGGUGUUCUUCUAUCACGUCCACGUCCUGUAAUCCCAUUUGCAUUUAGUCAUUGCUCAGUGUAUGAGAAACCAAUUGUGGAAGCUACGAAUGAGGAACUCCCAAAUGGUUCGUGCACAAAAUUAUCUGUUGAGAAUAGAGAAUUGGAUGGUUUAGAUUGUGCUCGACGUGCCUCAGUUUGUAUGGAAAAUAGAGAAUGUGAUGGUUGUGAUCAUGCUCAAUGUGCUCCAGUUGGUGUUUCUACGUUGGAUCACUGUAAUACAUUCGUUGAAGAUCAGAUAAACGAGGCUGAGGAUGCUUGUAUUACGUCUCCUCAAGAUCAGAGAGAUACAAGAUUCUCAGACAUUAGCCAUGAGGCGGCUCUUUCACUGGCUAAGAUUCAAAGAUCCAAGUUUAGGCAGAAGGCUCUUGAGCUUCGCACUACUUCAAAAGCAGCUAAAUCCCGACUAAAAAAUGCCAAUAAUUUCGGUGGAAGCAUUCCCAUUCCUUUCCUUCAGGAUGGCCAGCCUGAACAAUUAAACUUUUCUAAAUCUGUAGUAGAGAACCGUAACAACAUUUGCACCGUGGAAGGUGUUAAACUAGGUGAGCCUUGUAGCAAGUAUGAAGAAAGCACCAUGAAUUCUACUAAAAGCUCCGGCUGGCAACAGAGCUCGUUGAAUGCAGGUAGUUCAUCUAAUGUUGUCAGGGAAGAUGGAAUUGCACUUUCAAAUUCCAUUGGCCCCUUAAUUCAGCAGUCUAACAUGGAGAACCAACCUCGGAAAUUUGUUAAAAAAUUUCAAAUUCCAUAUGGAAAUCAUAUAGAGACAGAAAUUAAAGUUGGGGAAAAUAUGAGCAAAGAGAAAGGAAGUGGCUCAUCCAAUGUUGUUAGGGAGGAUGGAGCUGCACUUAGAGAUUCUAUUGGCCCCUCAACACAGCAGUCUAAUUGGCCUCUGGAGUCGGUUAAUCAUUUUCAAAGUCGUUACAGUAAUUGCAUAGCAUCAGAAACUAAUGUAGAAGCCUCCAGUUUCAAUGGGGUUUCUGCUCAUUCUGCUGAAAAUAAUACAGAGGGGAGAUUGUUAGAAAGAAGCCCUCCAGUCUUAUCUGAAUCUGCAGGUGUAUUAGAUAAAGGAAUGUCUGAGAAUUACCAGGAAAAUCUUAACUUACCCUUGGAGGAAGGGGAAGUUUUAAGCGAAGAAAUCUGUGCGGAGGAUGCAGACACAGCAGUGAACGAAACACCUCAUGUGGAGAAGGGUGUAGCUACUAAUAAAUUGCAGCAUAGUUACAGAAGUUCCAAAGAGAAAUCUUCUUUAAGAGAUGGCAGUGGGCUGAAAGAGGUAACAAGUUCUAAAAUCUCUAAUGUUAAUGUGGAUAUGGGGAUGAAUCUCUCGUUUGAGACGGAGACCACAACACCUGUGAUAGCAAUAUCUGCUGAAAUAGUUUCUGUAGAUAGAUUGAAGACUAUUUCUUCCGUUGAUCAUAAACUAUCAAUAGAUGUGUAUAUCCCUCAAAUAACCAAACCUGAUCUCUUUGAAAUUCAAGAAGCGUGUACGGAUCUUGGGUGUGAGCUUCCCUGUUCUGUUUCCAAGGAUGAAACUACGGAUUAUCUAGCACAGUCAAAAGCGAAUUCAAAAAAUUCUCAGUUUUGUACUGGUCUCUGUCAAUCAACUGAACGGCAAACUGCAGCAAAGUCCACGGAAAAAACCAGUUUCGGUGCCUUGCUUGAGGGUUCAACUCGGAAUAAACGAAAAAGGAGUGGUUCUCUGGAUACCCUGCCUGCUUCACCAGGCGCAAAAGAAAAUGUAGUUCUUCUUGUCAACAAGGAUUCUGAAACUAGAAACUUGUUAAGUGAAGAUCAUGGUCAGAAGUAUGUCCCAGAAUCCCAAGACCUUCAAAGUCCUCAAUACAGUAUUCAAUUAGAUAUCAGUAAGUGUCAAGUUGAAGAGAUAAUUCAAAAUGAGGAGGAUGACAUGAAAAAAGGGUCUAAAUCUUCACCAAAGCUUCUAGAUCAAGAGGAUAAUUGUAGCUUAAAAGAUAGGGAUUUAAGUGCAACAACUCAGAUCACUUCUGCUGACGAAGAAUUGGAAUCAUCCCAUGUUUCUAGUGUGGUCAGAAAGUCUGCCGGAGCUUGUGGAACUCUUACGGAGGAAGCAAGAGUGGAAGAUCCAAAUAGCAUUAUCUUUGAUGGAAUCUCACUACGCACUUUAGAAGAGAAUAAGCUUUCAUAUCAUCUUGAAGAUAGCUUUCAAAUCAGGAAUGCUGAAUCUUUGACUUAUAGCGAGUCCUUGCACUUGACUGGUGCUGAUGAGACAAUGCCUGUGCUUGAGAGUUUCGUUUUGCAGUCAAAUGAUGAACAACCACGCAUUGCUGAUGAGAGAAUCAACUUUGACAAGUUGAGCCUUCCAAAGACUUCAAUUGAACGUGCUAGCAUUCUAGAGCAGCUUUGCAGGUCUGCUUGCUUGCAAACUCCAGUAUCCUGUUUUUCAACUUUGAGUGUAUUGCACAAGAUUUCAAAUCUAUACCAAUCUGUUCCAACUUGGCUUCUAGAGGGCAUGGAUAAGCCGAAGGAUGAUGAUGAUUGUUUUAGUGAGGUCUUUAAUUGUGCUUUUGAGGGAAGAUCAUAUUUAGAUUGUCUUCCCAAUUCAACUAGUCAGUCUGAUUGGGAGAUAGAGAAACCUUGUAUGUCUCCAGUUCGAAAAGUCUGGGACAGAAUCAUAUCAAAAUCAGACAGCUCUGAGAAGCGAAUGAGCUUAAUUCCUGAGCUUCCAUGCAUUUGUGAAGAAAAUGAGAAUGUAGAUGAGGUAGCUGAUACUUACCAAGAAGGCAUUGUAUCAGAGAUCCUUACAAGCUCAGCAAAAAGAGAACCACUUGCUGAAAUUAUUGCAAACCGUACUGCAUCUGAAGCUGAUCCACAUAUUGAUAGAAGUAGUUUAGAUUCAGUUAACACAGAAUUCAGCUUCAAUGAAACUCAUAAGAGGGCCAAACAAAAUGUUGGAAAUGGAAAACGCACUAAGAGAAGAUUCAAUAAUAAGGCGAAUGAUAGCAUGUCACUGGGAGCAACUGCUCCUAAGGGAAAAACUGGAUUACUUCAUAAUCAGUUUAGUAGGCCAAAAGUAUCAACACGAGCCAGCUCCAGGAGAGGAGGUCCAAGUUUGACAGUGACAGAGCCUAAGCCUAGCGAUAUCAUCUCAAAUAUUACAUCAUUUAUUCCACUUGUUCAACAAAAACAAGUGGCUGCAGCUAUAACAGGAAAGAGAGACGUCAAAGUAAAGGCCCUGGAGGCUGCUGAAGCUAUAAAGCGUCUUGCAGAGAAGAAAGAUAAUGAACGCAAGGCUAAGAAGGAAGCCAUGAAGCCUGAGCGAACAAGACUCGAGCAAGAGAAUCUGAGGCAGUUGGAGCUGCAGAAGAAACAGAAAGAAGUGGAGCCGAAGAAAAAAGAGGCUGAUAUGGCAGCGAAGAAAAGGCAACGAGAAGAAGAGGAGAGGAAAGAUAAGCAAAGGAAACGAAUGCGUGCUGGGGAAACAAGAAAGCAACAGAGAGAAAAUGAGAAAAAGUUGCAUGAGAAAGAUGCCAAAUACAGAACCAUGGUUGAUAGCGGACAAGAGACUAAGGAAUCUAAAGAUGAAAGAAGGAAUCAUAAGAAGACGGAACAGAAAAAUGAAGAUGUGAAUCUCCAGAGACUUUCAGAAGCUGGACAUGGACAUGCGACUACACAAGCAUCAACGAGUGAUGGUAGAGAACCAAGCAUUAUUUGUGAAGAUACUGGGGUCUUAAGUGAUAUUGUGAAAUAUCUGAAGGUGAAAAAUUUAGACAAACCAACAGGAGCUGACAACUUGGUUGCCACGGAAAAUCUAGAACAGUCAUAUGAUAUUUCUUCAUACAAAUGUUCAGAUGAUGAAGAUGAAGAAGAUGACGUACCCAAUACAAAAUUUGUUCCUUCAUGGGCUCGGUAUGCAAGCUGCUUAACAAUUGAGCAAAUUAAAUCUAGCGUGGUUCUGAUUGUUUCUUCACAAGAUAGAGUAGACCCGCAGAUCAUAUUCCUCCCAGAAAGCUUUUGCAGUAUAGCUGAAGUUCUUCUGCCACGGAAGAAAUAAAUUAGGUGGGACUUGAAUUAGACUGCAAUGAUCUCCAGUGAUUAUAUAUUCUUCAAUUUACUAGCUUGAGGGCUUUUGCAAUGAGACAGCUUUUGCAGUGAUUUGGGUCGGAGCACUAUUGCAACAACAUGGAUCCGUAGUCUCAGAAGCUGAUUGGGACCGGUCGUAGGCGGAGGGGUUUAUAUGUUUUGGAUGAGCUGAGAUUACCAGUAUUUGCAGCUCCUAGUGUUGACUUGUCUUCUUUUCGUUUGUCUCCCUCAUCGUCUAGUUUUUAUUUAUGGCACUCUCGCCUUGGUCAUGUUUCAGCUUCCCGUUUAAGAUUUUUAGCUUCUACGGGAACCUUAGGAAAUUUGCAAGUUCAUGAUAUUUCUGAUUGUAGUGGUUGUAAACUUGCUAGAUUUUCUGCUUUACCUUUUAGUAAAAGUACUUCAUUCUCUGUUGCACCUUUUGACUUAGUUCAUUCUGAUGUGUGGGGACCCUCUCCCAUUGCUACAAAAGGAGGGUCUAGAUAUUAUGUCUCUUUUGUUAAUGAUUACAAACGUCGUUGUGAUUUCUAUGAUAUUUAUGAUCAUUUUCGAGCUUAUGUAAAAAUUCAACAUGUUGCUGUUAUUAAAUGUUUUAGAUGUGAUUAAGGUGGUGAAUAUACUUCAAAUAAAUCCUGUGAUUUGCUUUCUUUAUAUGGAAUUGUGUAUCAAACUUCUUGUACAGAUACCCCUAAACAAAAUGGUGUUGCUGAAAGAAAGCAUAGACACAUUAUUGAAACUGCUCGUUCUCUUUUGUUGUCCUCGUCUAUGCCUAGUCAAUUUUGGGGAGAAGCAGUUCUCACUGCAGUCAACCUUAUUAAUAAGAUUCCAUCUUCAAGUUUGUCUCCUUUUGAAAAAUUAUAUGGACAUGUUCCUGAUUAUUCUUCUUUGAGAGUCUUUGGUUCUACUUGCUUUGUUCUUCGUCCUAGUGUAGAGCGUACAAAACUGUCAUCACGCUCUGCACUUUGUGUGUUCCUUGGUUAUGGUGAUGGCCAAAAAAGAUAUCGUUGUUUUGAUCAAACUUCUCAAUAAUUAUAUGUAUCUUGCCAUGUUGUUUUUCUUGAGCAUAUAACCUUUUUUUCUAUUCCUGGCACUACUCACAACUUGACCAAAUCAGAUCUUAUUCAUAUUGAUCCUUGUUGUAAGCAUACAAGCACCUCUUCUCCUCAAGUUCCUCAAACUGUAGAGUUUGAAUCUUCUCCUGCUCCUAUAGUCCCUUUUCCACUUCAUUACUCUCGCAGGUCUCGAGCUAUUGAUACUGGUAUUUCGCAGGCUGACAUUUCUGAAACACCUCCGCCUACAGUUGUUCUAGAUCCUUCUAAUACUGUGGAUCCUCCUUGCUAUCCUCAGCGCACUCGUGAGUCUACUAAAUUACCACAUUUUGUUUAUUCGUCUUAUUCUACCCCUUUCACUCCGUUUUUAGCGUCUAUUCAUUGUCUCUCUGAGCCUUUAUCCUAUAAAGUAGUUGUUACUGACCCUCUUUGGCAGCAUGCUAUGAAUGAGGAACUUUCAGCUUUGCACAAGAUAUAUACUUGAGAUUUGGUAUCUUUACCUCCUAGUAAACAUACAAUUGGUUUUCGUUGGGUCUAUAAAAUCAAGACCAAGUCUGAUGGGUCUGUUGAACGCUACAAAGCUAGAUUGGUGGCUAAGGAUUUUUCUCAACAGUAUGGUGUGGAUUUUGAGGAAACUUUUGCCCUUGUUGCAAAAAUGACUACUGCCCGUGCUCUUAUAGCAGUUGCAUCUGCUCAUCAGUGGAAUAUAUGUUAAUUGGAUGUUAACAAUGCUUUCUUGAAUGGUGAUUUACAUGAAAAGGUCUACAUGGUUCCUCCUCCUGGGGUCCCUCACAAUCAUGGAGAAGUUUGUAAGCUUAAGAAAGCUGAUAGACCUCCCUUAACAUACGUCUAUGCUAGGAGGCACAAGAAGUCUCAUGUGGAGGGAGCUGUUGUAGAGUCCAAGAACUUUACUUAGCUAAUUGUUAGUAGUAUUAUAGUAUGUUUAGUGUUAUCUUUGUUACCAUGGAUUUUUGGUUCAGACCGGGAGUUAUUUGGACACUCAUAGUAGUACUUAUAGAUUUUCUAAGUUUAACCUAUAGUUUAAGAAUAUUAAGUAUAACCUAAGGUUGGAUUAUAUGACUGAUAUUAAGGAUAGUAUUUGUUAUAUUAUAAGGUUUAGAUAUCAACCAAUAGGAUUUUAAGCACAUGUUAUGAAUGGUAAUUAAGGAUUAAGUAUUUUUGAGGAUUAAAUUAAAUAAGGGUAAAAUUUGAAUGUUAUAGGGUCAGUCAGCAGCCUUGAGUACGUUGAGGGCUUAGUCAAGGUUGUUUACUCCAUUCAAACUUAGCUAAAAAUGUGUAAAUUCGUGUUUAAAUAUUCAGCAUAUGCCGAUAUAUCGCAGCUAUAGGGGGCGAUAUAUCGCAGCACGUAGAUACGGAAAACACGAAUCGAUGCACGGUCGCCUCGGGAACAAAGGUCCAGGCGAUAUAUCGCCUAUAGGGGGCGAUAUAUCGCCUCCUCCAGCAUGUGUUCAAAUGUUUUUGAAUUCAUUUCCUUUCAGCCAUUCAAACUCCUUCAACAGUCCAGCAUCUUUUGAACGAGUCUUCAGCCUCUGCUGAACGAUUAUUCAAAUGAUUUUCACCUAAAAAGCCAUUAUUUUUAUUCAAGUAAAAUCAAGAUAUUUUCAUUCCCAAACUCUAUAAAUAGGACCUAGUACCUAGCCAUUAUUCACCAUUUGCUCUAAGUUCAGAAGCUGCUAGUGUUAAGUGAGUGUGAGAGUGUAAACACUUGGUUUGGGGAAAAACUAUAAGCUUAAACAUCAUAAGCUUAUCAAACACUUUGGGAAGUGAGUUCUAUAGUAUUUCGGUGGAGGUUAGAUUGAUCUUGCAAUCUUUGAGGUAAACCCAAAACUCUAGUUCCUUUCUGUAUUUUAUGUUAUUUCCUUUCUCAAAACCUUCUACUCAGUCCCCUAACCUUAUUCUUAUUUUUGGUUAGGGAAUCCAAGCUCUUAAGCAUAUAAGUUGGUAAGCAUGUUUAUUUUAUGGUUUAGUCUUUCCAUCUCUUUCAUUUCAUCUCCUUUCUUUAGACUCACUCUUUCUUAUGGUUUUAGGAGUGUUCCAAAAGUCCCAACUCAGUCCAUAAUCCCGGUAACUUUGGUAAGGAAAAUAGGCUAGAAUCAAUAUGUUAUGUGCUUAUGUUGUCUAUAUGUUUUAUGUUAUUAAAAGUGUUAUGAUAUGUAUAUGUGUAUGUUUGUAGGCUUGGGCAUAUGACCCAUAUGACUAACAAGACCCAAAAUGGGUUAUGGGCAUAUGACCUACUUAGCUAGUAGGACCCCACUAAUCCCAUGGGCAUAUGCUUGUUUAGUAUAUGGGACCCCAAGUAAUAAUGGCCAUUAUAAUAAGUGUAUGUCAUAUGUAUUAUGUUAAGUCUUUAUGUUUUCUUAUGAAAUUGUGUAUAUGACUAUGUGUUAGAUUUUCCUUGCUGGGCAUCAGGCUCAUUCCUUUUUGUUUUAU